GGGAGUCGGAAAUGGAGCUGAUUGGAUCUACUCUGACAGCCACAUAUUCACGGCCAAAAACCGGCCACUUUCUCCCGGCCAUCUCCACCAUGGCGUCCAGCUAUCGCAACACUCAGCCUGCCUUGACCAUGAAUCCCAGUGCCAACCUGUGGAGGAGCAAAAGCUAUUUCAAGAGCAGCAACACAGUCCCGUCCUCUGCUUCCAUGCACCGAGACAAUUUAGAACUGGUUCGAGCCCAGACCAUGUUCUACCCGUCCAACAGGACGGUACUGAGUACCCGCUACACCCCAGAUGACUGGUACAAGUCCAACCAAAGCAACUACAUGGAGUCAGAGUCGUCUCGAAAGAGCGCAGAGAGACUGAGGAGAGACACAAUGAGGUUGAUGCAGGACAAAGAGCAGCUGACGAGACGAACCCAGGAGAAAAGCAGCAAGAACAUCGGUGAGAGACUCAGUGACAUUGUCUUCUGGAAGUCCGAGCUGAGCCAUGAGAUUGACAACAUGGUGACAGAGAUAGCAGCUCUCACUGAGGUCAAGAGGAGGCUAGAGAGAGCCUUGGCAGAGACUGAGGGGCCCCUUCAGGUGUCUCAAGAAUGUUUGUACCACAGAGAGAAGCGGAUGUCCAUCGAUCUGGUACACGAUGACGUAGAGAAAGACCUGAUAAAGGAAGUCGCCAUGAUCAAGUCAUGUCAAGAAAGGAUGAGGCGAUACCUGGACAGAGCCAUUGCUCAGUUAGCGUCGGACAGAGCGGCCCAGCAUGAACUGGAAAGAGACAUAAGCGAUAAAGUGACAGCUCAGAGGAUUGACGACAGGUGUCACUAUCUGAGGAACACAUCAGAUGGCAUCGGCUACUACAGAGGGAUCGAAAGACUGGACCCAUCACUCUCUGUGCCGGACUCAUGGUGCAGGUUCACAGACGACAACAUCCUGCACUCCCAGAGUGAACGAGCUGCCUCCCACAAGCUCAGGGACGAGAUCGAAAUCCUGCUAAACACCACCUCCAACGAAAUGUGGAACCAGUUCAACAAUGUCAACGUAGCCUUCACUAACCGCAUAUCAGAGACUUCUGAUGCCAAGAACAGCCUGCAGACACACCUGGCUAAGACACUGCAAGAGAUGUACCAGACUGAGAUGCUGAUUGAGUCUCUGAGGAAGGCCUUGAAGGACAAAGAGUACCCGCUGAAGGUCGCUCAAACCAGGCUGGAGGAGAGGACCCGCAGACCGAACAUAGAACUCUGCAGGGACAACCCACAUCAUAGCCUUGUCGUGGAGGUGAGAGAAAUUGAGGACACCAUUCAAAAACUUAAAGAGCGGCUGAUGGAGGCUGAGAAUGCUCUGCAGAUUCUGGUGAAGACCAAAGUGACCCUGGAACAUGACCUGUCCAUCAAGGCCAACUCUCUCUUCCUGGAGCAGGAGAAGUGCAUGAGUAUGCGCAAAAGCUUUCCCAGCAUGCCCCGUUUAGUGGGCUACACCUAAGUCAGGUCCUGAAGAAAUGAUUGUUAGAAUUUAAUCAACAGUGACUGUUUUAAUAUUUCAGAGUGAUUUGGUGUGGUUGGGCUUGAAAGUCAAAAUUCUCAGUACUGUACCUGCAAUAUUUUUUAAUUUCUAACAUUUAAAAAAGAAUGUAAAUUUAAAUUUUGAAAUUUCAAAAAACAGUAGAAUGCUGCUGGAGAAUAAACUGCUGUGUGAUGCUCUUUGCCUACUCAGUGUAAAUUUACAGUAAAUAACCAUCAUUCUUGAAAUAAAAAUACUAAAUUA